CCCAGAGCAGAGAACGCGAGUGGUCGUCUAUCGGAAAACGCGAGUGAAAAGUAAACACAAUCUUGCGCUGCUGUUCGUCCUGAUCUAAGGAAUAUAAUAAUAAAUUACUGAAAAAUAUGGCUCUGGUGCCGUCUACAAACAAUACGGAUUGGGAUUAUUGGGAUUACCGUCGCCGAUUGUGGCGCGAUUGGGACUUAAACGACUGGGAUUUGCCCUACUGGAAGCGGUCAUUGUCCCGAGUUGGAUCAGCACCCGAUCUUAGUCGUGUUAUUGUCGGAAAGGAUGGUUUCGAGGCCAAUGUCGAUGUACACCUGUUCAAGCCAUAUGAGAUUACCGUCAAGACAUCUGGGGAUACGGUGGUUGUGGAGGCAAAACAUGAGAAACGACGUGAUGGGGAUACCUUCGUGGGUCGUCACAUUGUCAAGCGGUUCGUCCUGCCCCGUGGAUACUAUCCGAAUGAUGUGCGAUCGGAACUGUCAUCCGAUGGCAUCCUAACCGUCAAGUGUCCACCGUAUUUGACCAACGAGCGUAGUGUGUACGUCCGCCAAGUUGGUCCUUCGUAUCUAAGCAUAAAGAAUUAACCCCCAAGUCUAUAUAGCAAUCGUAAUUUCGUGUUUUGUUCUUAGUUCUUUUUUGUUGGAGCAAAAAUUGAGUGACAAAAUUGAUGGCACAUAAUUCUAAGACUAGAAUUGGACUCUUUUUUGUAAUUAACAAAGCAACAAUUUGUUUAGUUAAAUAAAAUAAAAGUUUAAUUUAUUAAUAAUGUAA